UUUGUAAAUUACAUUGGUUUACUUGUUAGAGAAUUGAUACAUACGACAUACAUAGUUAAAAAUUUCAUUCAAAAAUCAUAUCCUAAAUAAUUUGUUAAAGCUUGGAAUUCCGAUUGAAUACUUGAACAGUGAAUUCUUUAUUAUCCUGUGUCUCGUAAAUUGCACAACAUUUAGCCCUCAGGCGACAGUAUACCUUAUUAACAUGCUGAGAUUUCGUAAUAAGAUGGGAACAGAGCAUAGCAAAGAAUGGCGUUGCUUAAUGUGUUUACAUGUUCGCACUGGAACUAUGCUCCUUGGUUCAUGGCAUUUGGUACUGCAUUUACUAGCUUUAGGAUUUUUGGCCGCUGUGGUGAGGGACCCAGCAUUAAUACAAGAUUUUGAACAGGAGCAGGAAUCUUUUGUUGACUGGCGUGAUGUAGGAUCCCCUUUACCUACUGCAUUACCCAACAUUGAAUCACCAUCCAGUGCCUAUUCUCAAUAUGCAAUUAAGCCAAAGGAGCGCAGUUUCAUCUACCAUGAUAUAGAUGUAGGAGCUCUUGUGACCGUGUGCACUCUAGCCAUUACACUGAUGCUGAUCUAUGGAGCUGCUCGUGGGAAACCUGCACACAUACUGCCUUUCUUCUGUCUGCAGAUUUUUGACUUUGCUAUCACAGUGUUGACGGGCAUGGGGUACCUCUGCUACGUGCGCUCCGUCGACCAGCUCGUGCGAGAGGCCCGCCGCGUGCCCUGGCGCGCCCAACUGCUGUCCCUGCCCGUGCCGGCCUUGGCCUUUGUCAUUCUGUGCUCGUUCCUCGUCGCCAUCUUCAUCAAGGCGUACUUCAUCAACAUGGUGUGGCGCUGCUAUAAGUACCUGACGAUGCGCACUCACGCCCUGAGCGGCCUGACUCCGUUCGUGAUCUCCGGCGAGGGGCUGGCGAGUCCCUCGGGCCCCGCGCCCGCGCCGCUAUACUCGAGCCUGUUGCCCGACUACGACGAGGCCGUGAAGCAGACUCCGCCGCCCUCGUACCGCGCCGCCACGCUCAUGGCGCAGGUGGACGCGCCUCGAGCCCUCCCGACCCCACCGGCCUCCGACACCGUGGUGGUGCUGCCGCAGCCGGGGACGCACGCCCCGGUCUAAGCUCUCUCUCUCGGCUUAAAAAAAUAGAGCUAUUUAUUGUGUCUAAAGCGUUCUAAAUGUGUCGUUCGUUAUAGACGGUGUUUUUGAGACAACAUUCAUAUUAAAUGUAUAGAUUUAUUAUUAAUUCUAAUUUCUCAACGCUUCUAAUUUCUUUAUUUCCGUACAAUUGUUUUAAUAUAACUUUCUGUUAUUGUUUUUAAAGUUUAAUAUGUUUGUCACUUUAUGUCUUAUUUUUUCUUUACAAUAAGUAAAAAUAUAUAUUUCAAAUAAUCAUUCAAAAUUGUGUUUCUCGUUUUACUUUGCAUUUACGUAUUUUGGAUUCGAUUAGGACUCUGUGGCAGGAUUUACUUUAGUCCUUUUUAAAUCUGAAAAUAUUUAUGAACUAAAACGCCAAAACCCUUUUUUUAUAUAAUUUCCAACCACCGACCGAGUCAUUUCAAAAAGAGUAACUUCUUUAUAUAUCUUUAAUACUUGGUGCAUUAUGUUUAUAAAAGAUGCGAUAUAAAAUAACAAUCAUUCAGUUGCUUUUUUAUGAAAGAAGUUUUUUGAAAACCGUUUAUUUAAAGUACUUCAAAGAGUAGAGAAACAUUCCUAGAAUUGUCUAUCCAACUAAUAGUAUUUACAAUGUACCGAAAAUAAUUUAGAUUUAAUUGUCCGUUUUUAGUUCGAUCUCGAUAGUAUUUUAUUCCGCCUUUUAUAUGAAUUUUUAAAAGGUAAUCUCAAAUUGGUUUUCUCGAAAGACUAUGAAAGAAUUGUAUUAUAUCAAGCCACGGACGGAAAUUAAGUGAAAAAUGUUUUUCCUUAUCAAUCUUUUCAAUUAAAUGAUAUUUCUUAAUCCUAAUCGUGAGUAGUUCAUAACGGCCUAUGAUCCCGAGCCUCUCUAAUCUAAAUCAUUAAACGAAAAAUAUGUUUCUAUUUUUUACUUUGGGCAUUACAUUGUAGAAUAAAUAUUAAUGCUAAGACAAAUUAUUAAUGUGUGUACACUGAAAGUGAUCGAAUCAAAUAAAUCACUGUUAACAAUGA